UAUAUAUAUAUAUAUAUAAAUUGCGUAUGCUGAAGCUGCUGGCGUGUUGUUCAUCGUUCAACAAAACUCGAAGCCGAUAAUUUUAAUUUCAAUCAUUUUGAUCGCCGAAUAUAAUUGCGAAUCGAGGCAGAAAUUGUGGAGAAAAUAUGAUGCCGUUUAAUGUAAUUCAAGACGGUGAUGGAUUGCCUCGGAUUAUAUUAUCAGAACCCACUGGUUCAACUGCCGAGGUGCUUUUGAAUGGUGGGCAGGUUGUUUCUUGGAAGAAUGAAAAGAGGCAAGAGAUGCUUUUCAUGAGCACCAAGGCCGCGUCGAAGCAACCUAGGGUUUUGAGGGGAGGCAUACUGAUUUGCUUUCCACAGUUUUCGAAUUACGGUACUCUCGAUCAACCUGGAUUUGCAAGGAAUAGAUUAUGGUCAUUGGACAGCUCUCCUUCGCCUUUGCCCUCGGUCAACAAUCAGUCAACUGUCGAUCUUAUUCUGAAAUCCACAGAAGAGGAUCUCAAGACUUGGCCUCAUAGAUUUGAGUUGCGUCUUCGUAUUUCUCUGAGUGCUGGCAAGCUAACGAUGAUACCUCGUGUGAGAAAUAUCGAUAACAAGGCCUUCUCGUUCUCGCUUGCUUUGUGUAAUUACCUAUCUGUGUCUGAUAUCAGUGAAGUGCGUGUCGAGGGCUUAGAGACACUUGAUUACUUUGAUAAUUUGUCGCAAAGAGAAAGGUACACAGAGCAGGCAGAUGCAAUUACUUUUGAUGGUGAGAUUGAUCGGAUAUAUUUAACCACACCGACAAAGAUAGCCAUAAUCGAUCACGAGAAGAAACGAACCUAUGUACUCCGCAAAGAAGGCAUGCCCGAUGCAGUUGUAUGGAACCCUUGGGACAAAAAAGCGAAAGCAAUCCCGGAUUUAGGAGACGAGGACUACAAAACAAUGUUGUGCGUAAAUUCGGCUGCAAUCGAAACGGGGAUAGUGUUGAAACCCUUUGAAGAGUGGAAAGGGCGUCAAGAGCUGACGACUGUGUCGUCGAGUUAUUGCAGCGGACAAUUGGAUCCUAGGAAAGUUCUUGGCUUAGCUUGAUUUGAACUAUUUGCUUAACUUAAAUUGGAAGUUCUGUUAUUUCCUAGGAUUUUUCUUGAUGAUGUUUUAUUAGGUUUUUUUUUUUUUUUUUUUUUUU